CUGUAUGGCCCUUGUUACGUCGAGUUCUGUUGACAAGCGAGUGGCUCUUACCUCACCAGUCCCCUUACCCCACUCAGCCUGUAACGCCUUAGCUUCUGUUGGAGAGUUCCGCCUCUUUUCCCAAACCGCACCACCUAAAACCUUCGGCGUAGCAAGACCCGCCUCCUACGGAAGCCGAGGCGGACUCUCAGAAUCCGGAACAAAAACGAACUUGUGAGGCGUCUGAGACCUGCUAUCCGAGGUUGCUCCGGAAGGCACCAGUUUAGACACGGAGACACGAGCCUGCUGGGCCAUCGCGAGGGGACGAUGGCUGCUGAGAGCGAGCGGAAGCUGUCUGAGGCGAAAGCGAUGAAGCUCAGAAUUCAUGUUGUGACAUGGAAUGUGGCCUCUGAAGCACCUCCUGUAGACUUCAGUGACCUGCUUCAACUGAAUGACCCAGACCUGAACCUGGACAUGUAUAUCAUUGGUUUGCAGGAAAUGAACUCUGGGAUCAUAAGCCUCCUUUCCGACACUGCCUUUGAUGACCCGUGGAGCACCUCUUUCAUGGAUGUACUUUCCCCUCUGAGCUUCGUCAAGAUCUCCCACAUCCGAAUGCAGGGACUCCUCUUAAUAGUCUUUGCCAAGUACCAGCAUUUGCCUUUCAUUCAGAUCAUCUCUACAAAAUCUACCCCUACUGGUCUCUACGGGUACUGGGGGAACAAAGGGGGAGUCACAAUCUUCCUGAAACUUUAUGGCUACUAUGUCAGCAUCAUCAACUGUCACCUGCCUCCCCACAUGGCUAACAAUGACCAGCGACUGGAGCACUUUGACCGUAUUCUGGAGAUGCAGAAUUUUAAGGGACAUAAUGUCCCCAACAUCCUGGACCAUGACCUCAUUCUCUGGUUUGGAGACAUGAACUUUCGGAUCGAAGACUUUGGAUUGCACUUUGUUCGGGAAUGCAUAAAAAAUCAGUGCCUCAGUGACCUGUGGGAGAAGGAUCAGCUCAGCAUUGCCAAGAAACGUGACCCACUGCUCCGGGAGUUCCAGGAGGGCUCUCUGCUCUUUCCACCCACCUACAAGUUUGAUAAGAACUCCAACAACUAUGACACCAGUGAGAAGAAACGCAAGCCUGCGUGGACAGACCGCAUCCUGUGGAGGUUGAAGCGACAGCUGCGGGCCAGCCCCCUCACCCCUGAUCUGCCUACUUGCUACUUCUCCCUGUCUCAGAGGAGCUAUAAGAGCCACAUGAGUUUCAACAUCAGUGAUCAUAAGCCUGUCACUGGCACCUUUGACUUGCAGCUGAAGCCGCUGAUGUCUGGCCCACUGAUCACCAUAAUGACUGAGGGCCCAUGGACCAUAGAGAACGACAUGUUGAUCAGCUACUCCUCAUCCCCAGACUUCCUCAGCAGCCCGUGGGACUGGAUUGGACUGUAUAAGGUAGGGAUGCGCCACCUUAAUGACUAUGUGUCCUAUGUCUGGGUUGGGGACAACCAGGUCUCCUUUGGUGACAACCUAAACCAGGUAUACAUUAAUAUCUGUGACAUCCCUGAGACUGAAGAUCAGUUUCUCCUCUGUUAUUAUAGCAACAGUCUGCAUUCUGUGGUGGGGAUCAGCAAACCCUUCAAGAUACCACUUCGCUUCUUUUUGGUGGAAGCCUCCUGUUAGGAAGACCUAACAGGUGAAGGCCAAGCAAGAAUCUGAACCCACAUAGGAGCAACUGAAUCCAGGGUGGAGGCUAUAGUUGGCAGCCAGCCCUGCCUUAACACUGCCAGGAUUGCUGAGGGCCCAGCCCCUGAGGAGGCAGCCAGGAAUCCUCCACCUCCCUGCCUCCCAGGAUGAGCUCUAGCCAGCCUCCUUACCCUCGCCUGGCCAGAUCACUGGAAUUGGCACUUAAAAUACAGGUAUUUGUUACCAAGAUAUGAGUAAAACCAGCUAGUUUAUCAGCAGUGAAGAUAAAGACUUGAGAAGGAUCCUCCAACAUGCAUCUUAUUUCUUAAAUACACACACUUACUUCCUGUCCUGCCCAAGCACUCCUGCCAGGCACAUGCCCCAUCUGGCAUAGGCCUGCAUUCUUGUCGUGUCAUCCUGGGCCUCAGGCUUCCUAGAAGGGGUAGAUGUCCACAUUUAUGCAGGCCCCAGACACUGGUUGGCACAAGCAGCCCUGGGUUCCAGAUGUCUUGGCAUUGCAUAGCUUGUUCCAGUGGAGGAUGAAUAGAGGGUCUAGGGUACCUGGUUUCAAUAAAAGCACUAUAAGUGGACAGGAUGGAAGAUCCCCUCUACCUAGGCUGUUAGAGUGACUAUGACUGGGUCAGUGAGGGGCUGUGCCAGUACAAGCUUCGCCCUACACCUUGCCUGGAGUUUAACGCAGGAAGUUUGAGAGCCUGAGCAGAGCAAAUUCUAAGGAGCUGGGUUGGUUUCUGUGGAUAAGUUGGUUUCCAUGCCCUAAACUUGCCCUUUUGUGAAAGGUUGACAGGUAAUAGAGGAGCUGUAGCCACAGACUUCCAGGAUUAUCCUUGUGAGUACAAGCUCAUCUGCCCUCCCCAGCUCCCAUAACCACUGGUAGGAAACCACUCCUCUGUCUUGAGCCCCUUAGAAGUGCCAUUAGGCAGGCAGGCAGAAGAGAGAGCCAGGAUGAUAUUUUGGAGGACCUGGCCAUGAAGACCUCAAGAGAUUGUUCUCCAGGUACCCUGUGGACAUAGCAAAUUGUCUCCUGCCAGUGGCGGCUUCUGCGGCCCCUGUCCUAGAAGAAGACACUUCAGGGAGCCUGCUGUCACUGUCACAUCCAGUUACCACCUGAGAUGGUCACUCCAGUGGCUCUGCAUUCUGUAUUUUACCCUGGGAGCCAUGUGUAUGAGGAAUUGUCCCCUCAGCCUAUAGCAAGCCAUGACUGCCUGUGUUCUGGGUCUGUUAUGUUGGGGGAUAAUUAGAAAUGUGGCCUUUA